GAUAAUAAUGAUUAUUUAUUUUACAAAAUUAUAAGAAAUAAAACAUUAUUUAAUGUUAUUUUAUAUCAUUUAAAAUUAUUUAAUAAAUAUUCAAUUGUAAAAGAAACAUUAUUUGGUGGUAUGGAAAAAAUAAAUAAUUUUGAAUAUAGAGAAUAUAUUGGUAAAUUGAUAUUUGUAAAUUAUAGAAAUCAUUUAUCGGAAAAUACAAUUCCAAAUACUUUAUCAAAUUUAAAAUUUGGGUACCUGUUUGAUAGUGAACUAAGGAUUGGUGAUAUCCCUCCAUCUGUAGAAACAUUUCAUAUGGGCAGGAGAUAUAUGGGAGAAAUUUUACCAGGUGUUAUACCCGCAUCUGUAAAAAAAUUAAAAUUAUCAAGUUUAUUCAAUAAACAAUUAUCAAUUGGAUCAAUACCAGAAAGUGUAACAUGUUUACAUUUUAAUGAUCAUUAUAAUCGUCAGCUUUCAAUUGGUAUAAUACCAAAUAAUGUAGUUAAAUUAACUUUAUCAAAAUCAUUUAAUCAAAUUUUAAAUGUUGGUGAUUUACCUCAAAGUUUAACCUAUUUAAAAUUUGGUUGGUGUUGGAAUCAAAAGAUUGAAAGGAAUUCAAUUCCUCCAAAAGUUGAAACAUUAAUAUUUGGUAGUUAUUUUUUAAAUAAAUGUCAACCUCUUUUACCUGGUGAUCUUCCUUUUGGUUUAAAACAUUUAGAAUUGGGGCAUUCAUUUAAACAUGUUACAUUAAUGACAGAUAUAACUUCAAUAUUUUUUGAAAAACUUCCAUUAAAAGAAUCUCUAAUUAGAAGACCAUCAACUAUACCUUCAUCAGUAACGUUUUUAAAAAUAGGAAAUGAAAUU